AUGGUUGACAUCGAGAAUGAAUACCGUGAGCAGAUGGAUGAAGAGCUUGUCCAGAACCUUCAGAAUGAGCUUCAGGAACACAAGGAUCGAUUGAAGGACAAAGAGCACCAGAUUGAUGAGUUGAUGGCGGAACGGGACGAGUACAAGACAGCCUAUGCAGAGAGCGCAGCUGCGUUCCCGUGGUUCCACCGUGGAGAGCACCAAGCUAUCAGGCAAAGUCUGAGAAAGUGCCUGGCCCUCCACUCCUCACUGAUGGCAAAGAGCCUAAGUUCGAGGACCGGCUGA